UGUGAGGUGAACGAGAGUCCAAGUUGUGUAGUUCCAUAGAGUGAAAUUUUUAUAAUGCUUUUAGUUUCAAUCGCGACUUGGUCGUAACGUGGUGAUCUUUGUGUCAUGGUGGAGGAUUUCGUUGAAUUUUCAAUUAGAAAAUUCCACCCAUUUCCCUUCCUCGUUUGCGAGCUGUAGGCCCCCUUUGAGAAAUUUCUUGGUGUAUGUCUCCCUUGGACUGCAUUUGAGCUAUAUCAAAUAGAGACAAAUUCAACCGAAAUCUUUUGUGGAAUAUUUUGUGAAUUUCUCUCUUUCGCUACAAACUCAUAAACCAUCUUCACAUUCCCAUAGUUUCUAUGAGGUACAAUAUUUCGUCAUUCAAGUGAUCUCUUCCUGGAGAAGCGUAUGGAUUUGUGUAUACACGGAAAAGGUGAAGUGCUAAAGAAAACAUCAAUAUUAUUAUUUUGCAAUUUGCAAUUUUGUGGAAUAUACACGCAGACAAGUGCCCCCAAUUGACCUGCAAGAAAAGUGUUGAAGAAAAUUGAAUUUUAUUUUUGGAGAAAAUGAUGGAAAGUGUACCACCACCACCUUCGGACAAGAGGAGACUCAAGAAAAUGUUUAGCUGGACUGACGAUGGCACAGGAGGCAGUGAUACAAACGUAACAACAAUUGAUGAUGGAGGAACAAUGUGGAACAGACAGCAACAGGCUGUCUCGGUGCGGUAUGCCUUCAAACAGUAUGGAUCUAAGUCAAAACCAAAUCAAGUUCUCAGUAACCUCAAUAUGACAGUUGCCAAAGGGACAAUAUAUGGCCUCUUGGGUGCAUCUGGAUGUGGUAAGACAACACUUCUUUCCUGCAUUGUUGGACGCCGACGACUCAAUUCGGGCGAAAUAUGGGUGCUGGGCGGGAAGCCCGGUACAAAGGGCUCAGGAGUCCCAGGUGCCAGAGUUGGGUACAUGCCACAAGAGAUCGCACUCUAUGGCGAGUUCUCAAUCAAAGAGACUAUGAUGUACUUUGGCUGGAUUUUUGGUAUGCAGACAUCAGAGAUAAUGGAGAGACUUCAGUUUCUGCUCAAUUUCCUUGAUUUGCCAUCACAAAAUCGACUUGUAAAAAAUCUCAGUGGUGGCCAACAGAGACGAGUUUCAUUUGCCGUAGCUCUGAUGCACGAUCCAGAACUUUUAAUCUUGGAUGAGCCCACAGUUGGUGUGGACCCACUCCUGCGACAGAGUAUAUGGAAUCACCUUGUACAUAUAACCAAAGCUGGUCAGAAGACAGUCAUCAUCACGACGCACUACAUCGAGGAAGCACGACAGGCGCAUACCAUUGGGCUUAUGCGCUCGGGUCGUCUUCUAGCUGAGGAAUCCCCACAGGUUCUCCUCUCCAUGUACCAGUGCCAGAAUUUAGAGGAUGUGUUUCUCAAAUUGUCACGGAAACAGGGUGCCAAUGGGGCUGUAGCCACGACAGAACAAAUGAACAUAAGCAACAACAUCUCCCUAUCAGCCUUAGCCUUUGGCAAUAAGAAAGACAAUCCAGUUUAUGUGAGCCAAGAGAGUGGUGUUGUGGGUCUCAAUUUCCAUCAGAGCAAAGAAAUCCUCAUAAGCGAUUCAAAUGGAUCCACUCUAGGAAUUAAUGUUUCACCGUCCCAUCCUCCAAGUGCUGCAAUUGAUUGCGACGACUGUGGAAGAUGCUCAAACUGUUUCAAUAUUACCUCUCGAGGAAAGAUUCGUGCACUCCUGCAGAAGAAUUUCCUCCGAAUGUGGCGAAAUGUUGGAGUUAUGCUCUUCAUUUUCGCACUCCCUGUUAUGCAGGUCGUACUCUUCUGUCUGGCGAUUGGAAGAGAUCCGACCGGACUCAAGCUGGCCAUAGUUAAUCAAGAAAUUGUUGGAGAGGAUUGCCCAUUCAAUGAAGGAUGCAAAUUCAGUAAUCUAUCGUGCCGAUAUUUAGAUCAUCUCAACAAUAAUAUAGACCAAAAAUACUAUCCUGAUCCCGAAUCUGCGAUAAAUGCUGUAAAACAGGGUGAUGCAUGGGGCGUUCUCUACUUUACGGAUAACUUUACAGAUGCUCUCGUUGCCAGGAUAACUUUAGGUCGAGAUGCUGAUGACGAAACACUGGAUCAGUCGGAAAUUCGCGUUUGGCUUGAUAUGUCCAAUCAACAAAUUGGAAUUAUGUUGAAUAGAGAUUUGCAACUGGCUUAUAAGGACUUUGCGCAGGAUUUACUGAAGACAUGCGGAAAUAAUCCCAAACUCGGCGACGUACCAAUCCAAUUCAAGGAACCCAUUUACGGCUCAAAUGAUCCGUCCUUUACUGAUUUCGUUGCGCCAGGAGUUAUAUUGACAAUCGUCUUCUUCUUGGCCGUGGCUCUGACAUCAUCCGCCCUCAUCAUCGAACGCACUGAGGGUCUCCUCGACCGUUCAUGGGUGGCCGGAGUGACGCCCACGGAAAUCUUGUUCUCGCACGUGGUCACCCAGUUUGCAGUAAUGUGCGGUCAAACUGCCCUUGUGCUCAUCUUUAUGAUCCUCGUCUUCGAUGUGACCUGCAAUGGUGAUAUUUUCUGGGUCAUCGUGCUCACAUUGCUCCAAGGUCUGUGCGGAAUGUGCUUCGGCUUUGUGAUUUCUGCCAUUUGCGAACUCGAACGGAAUGCCAUCCAGCUGGCCCUCGGCUCCUUCUACCCAACCCUUCUUCUCUCCGGUGUUAUCUGGCCGAUUGAAGGAAUGCCCGAAUUUUUAAGAUACAUUUCUCUGGGACUUCCACUUACAAUGGCCACCACAUCGUUGCGAUCAAUGCUGAGCCGUGGCUGGGAAAUUUAUGAAAGUGAUGUCUACCUUGGCUUCGUUUCGACCAUCUUUUGGAUUUUGGGCUUCCUUAUUAUAACAUUAACAGUACUUAAAUUUAAGCGCGGAUAAUCUUAGUACCUAUUUAUUUGAGAGUGUUAAAAUUAUUUGUUAAUUUUUGUAAUGUGUAAUGGAUUUAAUAAUGCUUUGCGGUGUACAAUAAUUUAUCAAAAUAUUUCAAAUUUAGGUAUUAUUAUAUUUUGUAAAAAUUGCAUUAAAAAUGAAAGUGCAAAAAACCAAUAAAAAAAUGCGACAAGAACAAUUUCUACCCCCAAUUUGGAAUCAUUUGCAUUCCAUCAGAUAUUUCUUUCUCUAUUUUUUAUCCUAUAUAUUCUGUGUGUAAUAUAUAUGUUAUUUUUUUCAAAUGACCUUUCUCUCUCUAAAAAGUUUUCUAUUCUUUGUACUUUUUUUUGUACAUGAUAAAGCUUUUCUUCUUUUCAUUAUUUCUUUUACCUACUAAAAAAAAUAUGCUUCUAGUUCAUCAUCCUCUUCUUCAUCUAUAAAACUAUUUUAGUUUAAUAAAAUUUUGCGGAGGAAAACGAAAAAAAUGGUUUUUUAUAAGAUUGUCUGUGAUUUUUUACACACAAAAAAUCAUUCUGUAUAAUAUUAAAAUAAAGUUAAAAAAAAAUAGCUUAAAAGUCCAUAUCUUUUCAAGAAUAUGUAUUUUGUAAUUAUAAGGGGAAAGUGUAGUAGAUGAAAUAAAAAUUAGAUUUAUAAUAAAAGAAAAAAGAUCAAAAGGCAAAAAA